ACUGACAACUUUCGUUGGAUACAGGCGUACCGCGUACAGCAUACAGGGAGUACCGGAUUAGUACCUCGUCUCCGUCAAAAUUUUAGGGUUUACGGUUCUCUGAAUAAUCCACUCCCGAUAUCUGGAAAAUAUUCAAUAAUCACACAAACUUCUCCAAUUCUCCUUCAUAUUUUUCAAUCCCCCUUUAAAUUCUUCCAGUUUUGAGGAGAGUAUAAUGUCGGCGGGUCAAGCAAGGGCUGUAUUAGAAGGAGACUUGCAGAUUGUUUCAGUAAACAAUGAUGCGAAGGCUGUGGCUGCGGCUGCUUUGCCACCGAGACCACCUAGUGAUGGUAAUAACGCACUUGUAGAGUAUCGCCCGAUUUUCAAGGAAGAAGAAGAAGAUUUGGAGGUUAAACUACGUCGUAUAAUUGACAAUGUUCCUGUUCGUGUUAGUAAUACUUCCGGUAGUUCUGCUGGUUCUGGUUCCGGUGAUUUUCACCAGUAUCGGCAAAUGAGAAGGAAAGAGCAAGAUAGGCUUGCGAGAAUGGAGGUUGACUAUCAAAGACGGAAAGAAGUUGCAGAAUUCGAAAUGAGAAGAGAACAGAGGCUGAAAGCUGCUGAAGAACGAACAGCAAAAAAGCGUGCAAAACGUCAAAAAAAGAAGCAGAAGAGGAAGGAAAAGAAAAUCAAACUAAAUGCAGCCGGUGAAGAGAUUCAAAACAAGGAUUCUUCUGAUGGCGGUGGAGAUAGCGACAAUAGUGAACAGGCAGGGGACGAUUAAUUUGAACCAUUACUCCAGCUUCUCCAUUCAGAAUACUUUUGCAACAAACGCAAGAUCACACAAAUCCAACAUUAUGAUUGACUUCGACUAAUCAGAGGCAAAAUUCUUAGAUGUGCAACUUUGGGAUCGUUCAAUUGAAACUAAAUGAUAGUACUAGUAUCAUACCUUCAACAAUUCAUAAUGUUGCGUAGUUGGGUCGACAAUUCAAGUUCCUGUGAUCUGCCGAGUAAAGUUACUCUAGUAGUUUGGUUUGUAAGGUUACUAAUCUUCUUGUAAUAGUUAUGUGAUUAUGUUAGCUGUGUUUGAUAAUGAUAAUUGAUGAUGUUGUUAUAUUCAUCGCUUAGAACUGUAAAGACCAACACUCAUCACUUAGUAUACUCUCGUUCCCUUGAGUUUGCCUUAUUCGCCUGAAAAGAACCCAAAUUUUAUAGGUGAUUUUAACACCACUCAGGCACUCACUGACCAAGAGUCGUAAAUUCAAAGGAGCAGCCUAAGCAGGCACGACUCACCCCAUUUCAUCAAUGAGUCGACCAGGACUAGUGGUAGUCAUGACUUGGUCUGUGACCAGAAUUAUUUUGAUGAGACUUUCAGAUAUUAAUUAAAACCAUGACUGAAGUAGUACUGGACAGGUCCCAUGGUUGAAGAACUACGUGUUAGAAAAUUUUGACAAUGCUGAGAGCCAUCUUGGGAGCUUGUGACUAGUAACUGUGAGCUGAGUACUUUCCUUGUGUCAUUGUUUUUCUAGUAUGAGGCAUACCCGGUGAAUACCAUGUACGAAUUCUAACUAUGUUUUGCAAGUGAAUAUUAAUGUCAUUCAUAUUGACCGCUGGGCCGUGAAAUUAUUAUAUAUGAUAGUGGAGAAAAUCGUGUUUCUAUAGUAAAAAAAUCUUUU